UAAAUGAGCUAGAGUCCGAAACUCAAGCUUUUAUCGAGACUCAUUUAAUAAACAAGCCCAAGAUGAGAUCGGGUGGACUAGCGUACGGCCCUACAUCACAUGCAUACCCCUCACCGACACCCUUUGGCUAGAAUGUUGAGUGGUUCCUGACCCAUAGAUUUGGAUCGCAUUGCUCAUUGCCGGCUGUUGAUAUAUAAAUACAGAUUUUUGCUCGAUCUCUGGUUUGUGGGUCUUCCAAUUUUCCAUUCACACACACAGACACACAGAUCCAAAUUGAGAUCGAAAUUGAGAUCAAGAAUCAUGGAGAUUUUCUACUGGAUAGUGUUUGGGGGAUUAGCUGCUGUUGUUGCAACAAUGGAGCUCAGCAAGAACAAUAAAGAUCGAAUCAAUACUUCUUCGGCUUUCAAUUCUUUCAAGAACAAUUAUCUUCUUGUCUACUCGCUCAUGAUGGCUGGUGAUUGGUUGCAGGGGCCGUAUGUGUACUACCUCUACACCACAUACGGUUUUGGGAAAGGGGAUAUCGGGCAGCUAUUUAUUGCUGGAUUUGGAUCUUCCAUGCUGUUUGGGACAAUUGUUGGAUCUUUAGCUGAUAAACAUGGUCGAAAAAGAGCUUCGGUUACUUACUGCAUAACUUACAUUUUGAGUUGCAUCACCAAGCAUUCACCUGAGUACAGAGUUCUGAUGGUGGGGCGUAUAUUGGGAGGGAUUGCAACUUCUCUUCUGUUUUCGGCCUUUGAAUCAUGGCUCGUUGCUGAACACAACAAGAGAGGUUUUGAGCAACAAUGGCUAUCAAUAACAUUCUCCAAAGCAAUAUUUCUUGGAAACGGGCUCGUUGCCAUAUUGGCAGGUUUAUUUGGGAAUCUAUUAGUGGGUACAUUGGCUCUUGGGCCCGUGGCUCCUUUUGAUGCAGCUUCCAUCUUUCUUGCAAUCGGCAUGGCUGUCAUUAUAUCAACUUGGACCGAAAAUUACGGUGACCCGUCAGAAAGCAAGGAUUUAAUGACCCAAUUCAAGGGAGCUGCUGUAGCAAUUGCAUCCGAUGAAAAGAUAGCAUUACUGGGUGCAAUUCAAUCUCUAUUCGAAGGUUCAAUGUACACUUUUGUGUUCUUGUGGACUCCUGCUUUGAGCCCAAAUGACGAAGAUAUACCACAUGGUUUUAUUUUCGCUACUUUCAUGUUAUCCUCAAUGUUAGGAAGUUCUUUGGCUUCUCGGCUUUUGUCCCAAGCAACAGUUAAAGUUGAAAGCUACAUGCAAAUCGUUUUCGUCAUUUCUUCUGCAUCCCUCUUGCUUCCUGUCAUCACAAGCUUUUUGGUGGCUCCUUCUCAAGAAAAGGGUGGAAGCAUAAAAUUUGCAGGGUGUAUCCAGCUGAUCGGAUUCUGUGUAUUUGAAGCUUGUGUUGGUUUAUUUUGGCCAUCGAUAAUGAAAAUGAGGUCCCAAUACAUUCCGGAAGAGGCUAGAAGCACGAUUAUGAACUUUUUCCGAAUUCCCCUCAACGUUUUUGUAUGCAUCGUGCUUUAUAACGUUGAUGCGUUCCCGAUCGCUGUAAUGUUUGGAAUGUGCUCCGCUUUCCUCUUCCUUGCAUCCAUGCUGCAAAAACGCCUUGCAGGCGUUGCGGAAAGAUCUAGACAAGAUAAAGUGCGGGAAUUGGAGGCAGAACCGCUCAAUAUAUAAUGCGUUAAGUUACAUAUUCGGUUUUAUACGGAAGAGGUCAAAGUCAACCAAAUGUUCUUCUUUAAAGGUGUGUGUAAUGUGCAAUAUAUUUUGUCUCUUGGAUAUCAGAUGAUUUCAGAGGCAAUUGGUGAUGAAGAAAAUGAAUGAUAGAUUUGGUAGUUCUUUUUGAAAAUAAGGAAUUUUGUAUACCAUUAAGAUGAGAGUAUCCUGCAGUUUCCAUAGUUGGAUUAAGCAUUAAUUAUGUUCAUUGUUUAAUCUGUAUUUCUAGUACCCCAAAUUGGUUAGAUAUAUUAUGCAUGCUAAAUUUUUACAACUUGUUAGA